AUGUCAGACACGUCGCACUUGAAUUUGGGUAAAGAUGGCUCAGAAAUCGAGAUGCAGAACCUAUUAGAUGAAGAAGAUACUAGUAAAUCCAGUCUUGACGUGGAAGAUGUCCUGUACAAUGGAGAAACCAUUAAUCUAUAUCCAUUGAAUUAUCAGAAAGUACCGCUGGUAAGAUUUCAGAUCUUGGCGAGUUUACUGCUGUUUAUGGUAUUUGGGAUGAAUGACGAGUGUAACGGUGCACUUCUCCCGGGGCUGACGGAACACUACGGCGUGACAAAAGUUCAAGUGGCCAAUACAUUUAUUCUGCAAGUUUGUGGAUACACGUUGGCGUCGUUACUGAACGAACGCGUUUAUAGACGAGUCGGUGCACAAGGUGCGGUGCUGAUCGCAUCGGGCAUGUGCAUUGUCUGUUUUACAAUUCUGACCAUGCGACCUGGCUCCUUCUACGUUUACCUGGCGUGUUUUGUGCCCCUGGGGCUCAGUAUUGGGAUUUUGGACUCUGCAUGUAACGUCUUGUUUGGGAAUUUAGAAGUUCACAAGAAUGAAUGCAUGGGCAUUUUGCAUGGAGUUUACGGUGCCGCAGCUAUGGUGACUCCACCCACGGUAUCAUAUUUUGUCGAAUUUGGGCAAUGGAACUUGGUUUUCUUGUUCCCGCUCGGCUUAUCACUUGCAGGGUUUGUUUUGGCGGCGUUUGCGUUCAAAACCGAGACUGCUAACAAGUACAAUUAUAUUUGCUCCAUUUCCAAGUCCGAUGGCGACGAAGAACACCCUAGUUUCUUCACCUUACUUAAAAAACCGGCGAUUUUCCUAUACGCCAUGUUUUUGUUCGUUUACUUGGGAUCCGAAGUGUCUACUGGUGCGUGGAUCUUGACUUAUCUCAUGGAAGUCAAACAUGGCAGCUACGUGCCCAUGUCAUACGUAACAGCGGCGUUCUGGCUAGGUCUGACCGUCGGCCGACUAGUCCUGGGUUUCGUGACCAGGAGAAGUUUCCGCAACGAAUACCGGGCGUCUCGAUUUUAUGCAGGUAUGACAGGUGUGUUUUACACGCUAUUUCUGCUAUUAAGUCUCAUCGAUUCUCAAUCCACUUUUUAUUUCGUUGUGAUAGCAAUUGUUGUAUUCUUCGCCGGUGUAUUCAUCGGACCGCUUUUUCCCAAUGCCAGUGUCGUUGCUCUCCAGGUAUUGCCUAAAAACCUUCACGUCAGUGGAGUUGGUAUCGCUGUGGCUUUAGGAGGGUGUGGAGCAGCCGCAUUACCGUAUGCAAUUGGUCUGGUGACUAGCGCGCUGGGAUUUGGAGUGUUCCCGCUACUUUGUUGGUGCAUGGUUGCACUGGUGAAUAUCAUGUGGUUCAUGUAUCCUAAGCUCAUCAAAGGACAUGAUGAAUAUUUAUGA